CCCCCCACUGAACACGUAGCCUAUGUCCGUUCAUUUAAUUUUCGAAUUUGUCUAUAAAAAUAAAUUAAAAAAAGUCUGUGUCAGGGAUGAGGGUUAUUAUUUCAAAAUUAGCUAUAUUUCAGCAGGUCUGUAGGCCUAUAGGGCUGGUCUUUUUGGUCAGUUCUCCAGGCACUACAUUUACAGGCCAAAAAAUGGCAGUAGGCCCAUGUGUGAAACAAUUUCUCAACAUCUGAUUCAUCUAGUGAACAGACAUGGCGAAAUCAAAUGCGUCUUACUGAAACGCACAGGAGGAGUCAGCUUUCCUUUUCAUUUAACCUCGAAAGCUAAAGGAUAAUUAUCAUAGGCUAGAUAUUCUGGUUCUUUUAUUCCUCUUAAAGUGGGCAUGAACUCCACCCUGAAGCAGUAGAUGCGUGACCACUCCAUUAGACAGGGAUCAAACAACAUAACACAGCGUGAAGGUGACAUCAUAAAGUCGUGAAAAGCGGACCUACCGAGCGCACAACGGGACACAUCGGACGCGAAACCAUAGGCUACGGAGAUCCAGGCAACACGGUCACAUUAAGGAGAAUAAGGGUUCUCGUUCAUCAGAGCCUACAUAUACAACUCUUCGAGAUGGAGUUCCAGGGGGCUGACACACAGGAGCAGCCCAGUGAGGUCGAUCUGGUGGGGCAGGUGGAGGUGCUGCUGCAGCGCCUCCUGGAGUCCUUCAGAUGGCUGUUCCUGCGUACCCAGCAGAGGGCGCUGCAGCUGGCGGUGAUGCUAUGCCUGCUGGCCCUGCUGCUCUGGGUGGCGGUGUUCCUCUACGGCAGCUUUUACUACUCAUACAUGCCAACAGCCAGCUUCUCCACACCUGUCCACUUCUACCACAGUGCAGACUGUCAGUCAUCUGCUGUGUGCUCUUUUCCAAUGGCCAACGUCUCUCUAUUAAGAAACAGCAGGGAUCAGGUGAUGACCUAUGGGCAACCCUAUCAGAUCUCUCUUGAACUGGAAAUGCCAGAGUCACCAGCCAAUCAGAAUUUAGGGAUGUUCAUGGUGAGGAUGUCUUCAUAUGGCAGAGAUGGAAAGAUCAUCAACACAGCAGCACGCUCUCAGACCAUGCUGCACUACCGCUCGGCUCUGUUGCAGAUGAUGGCCACAGUCCUGCUGUCUCCUCUGCUGCUGAGUGGAGCCACUGAACAGAAGCAGCUGGCUAACAUACAGCUUUUCACAGAGUACACAGAGAACUCAUAUUUCCCUACUACAGGUGCAGUGAUUGAACUGCAGUCUCACAGAGUGCAGGUGUACUCAGCACAUCUGUACAUACAUGCCCACUUCAGUGGCAUCAGAUAUGUGCUGUACCAAUACCCUGCUCUGUCCGCUAUGGUGGGUGUGACCUGGAACUUUGCCUUCCUCACCGUCAUCAUCCUCUUUAGCUCACUACAAUACAGCUGGAAUGUACCGAUGUCACGAUCACGGGUAAGACCACGAUCUCGAAUGAGGGACAACAGAGGGGAGGGACCUGUCCAUGUAGAACCUAGUGACAUCACUGCAGACAUAAGUGACAGCUAUGCAGAGGGGGUGUGCAACCACAUGAACACCCCUCCUCUGCUGGUGUCCAGUGACCCACCUCUAGGAGCCUGUGAUGUGUUGGAAGAGUCCAUUCCUGAGGGAGCGGGGGUGUCUGAGCCGGAGCCAGGGUUGCAGCUGGAUCAGGAGGUGGGAGAGGAGGGUCUCUGUGCAGAACCAGAAGAGGAGCAGCAGAUGGCCGGCAAAAAUAAGGCUGAACUAGAGGAGUCCUCCAGUAUCCCAGAGGCCUCUGCUGACCCAGAGCAGCAACAGGCUAACAGCUGUAUCAUCUCCUGAUCUCUCUCACACACACAAUUCACAGCCAAACACACCCACACACACACACACACACACACACACACACACACACAUACACACACACGCAUUCACACAUACAUAGACACAGACAGUUUCUCACAUACACAAGAGUAAUCCAUACCUUACGCACACAAAUAUGUAUAACACAUAGACACAAGAACCAAGACACACACACUUCACUUGUGCAACAGCCACACAUGCAAAUAGUUUAAAAACUGUGUGUGUGAGUGAGAAAGAGAGAGAUGUAAAGUUAAAACAGGUUGUAUAUUUGGAAGUAAGGUGAGGGAAGCCUACUGAAAUGGAAUGGCUGAUGUGGAUUUUCUCCUGACUAUUCAUGUGGUGCAAAUAUGGAAUGUGUUAUUUACAGUUACUGAUAGGCCAACCACUAUUUCUCAAACAAAUGAACUGAACAAAUGAACAGGAAUGUAUCUGCACACACAGCCCAUGGAGAGGACAGAUAUGUGUUAUCAGUGCCGAAUAGCUGACACAAAAUAACAUGCCAACUUUAUUAGCAAAUAACAGUGGUACUGAAAGACCUGGGUCAGUUCAUCCUGUCAGUUCAUCCUAACUGACCCUAAUACGUAUAUAAAGAGGCCAGCACAGGGACCGAUCUGGCCCAGAUCCAGGUAUGCUGGCUGUCAUAUGGGAGUCACUGCAUCUAAUUUAAAUCCAAGGGUCCUUAAACUGUCCAACCCUGGAUUACAGUUCCUGAAAAGAUUUGCACUCACACACUUGUCAUACUCCUGUCAUCUUUUAUGACACAUUCUGACAGCCUGCUCACUUAGUAUUUUCUUCUCGUGGGUUUUGUUAGCAGAGGCCAGCUUAGAGCCUAUUCCAUGCAAAGCGAGGAAAAGCAAGUUUAUAUGAUGAAGGUAAUAUACAGACCUGGAGGAAGAUAUGGAUUAGCAUUCCCAUUAAUCCCAAAAGCUCUUGCUGAGCUAGCACAUUCAACUGUGUGUUUAUACAGCACAUUUCAAAUACGCAGGUAAAUUACAGGGCCUAGCGGGCUUACCAUAUAAACUAAAACAUUGAAUAUGAUUUAUUUAUUGACUUCUUCCAAUACGUGUUCGUUUGCUUUUCUGUUAAUCAAGCCAGAGUAAAUUGUGCUGUUACUUAGAAAAAGUCUGUGGAUAAAUAUGUUCAAACAUAUUUGGACUGGUCGAGUGUGUCCUGUCCGCAUUCUUAAUGCUUUUAUGUGUAAACAGUUUAGGCACACCAUUAAAUUAUUCCUAAACUAUA